CGUUCUCAACUGGUACAUGCAGCCAGAGGGCGAAUCGGAGAUAGAACAGGUGAUCAGCAUGACCGACACUUAUGAUCCAAUAGUCUAUGGAAGAUUCGCCGGUAGAGCCGAAUUGCUCGGUGUCCAAGCAGAUAUGCAUAUUACGCGGCUGGAACUGUCCGAUGCGGGAGUGUAUACGUGUGAGGUGUACUUCUAUGCAGACAAAGAGACGGGGUCGGGGAAUACUAACUUGCACAUCAGUCAGUUAGUAGACCAAAUCUCAAUCCUUGGGUACGGGGAGACCCGAGAUCGCGGGGAAAGUUCAUAUUACUUUCCCCCGGGUGAACCAAACUCACUUCAAUGUGAAGCUACAAUGGGCAAACCGGCAGCAAAGUUACAUUGGUACAAGGGUUUGAAUGAAGUGCAGCAACACGGCGAAACAAUUGAAGAAAAUGUAGAUGGUACCUUCAACACAAUCAGCUUGCUACAGUUUACACCAGAGGAUUCCGAUCAUGGCGAAGUGCUAAAAUGCGAAUCUGACCAGCAACCGGAUUUAGACCUGACAAAAGCAGCAACGAUAAUGAUAAACACAAAUGGCGCUGUUACGUCAGCAAUAAGUGUCACUCUCUUGGCGUUUUCUCUCAUGGUGGGACAUCUAACGAGUUGAUUUUGGCACCGAGUGGACGGCGAGGCACGCGAGAAAUUCUGAUCCAGAUUUACCCCAUAUAUCUGAACGACAUGAAUGGACACUCUCCUUGUUAAUUUACAUAGUGAAGUCUUCAAAUAAUUUACAAUUGUUGACAAUGUAGUAUGAACAAAUCAGAAAAUUGGAAUUACAGGUCUAAGUACACAGAAAACAAUUCACAGUAAUAACAAUUCAAAUAAACGACUACUGUUUAGCCCAUGGAGAGAGAUAGUUAUAAGGAACACCGUUGGUGAUACCGUCAGUUGUAUGGAUACAGACAAGAAGACGUAUGAGAACAUUCUUCUGUACACGUCUCAUCCACCAUAUAUCAAUAUCUAAGAAACCAUUAUUGUCAGCAAGUUCAAGUAUUGUCUCCGAGAAAAAUGAGGCAAUCAUGAUAGUGUGGUAUGGUUAAUCAUCAAAAACUUCAGGGGGAUGAUAAAUAUUGAUAAAGAACAAAAACAUAUGUACAUGCACAUCUGUACAAUCUCAAGAAAUAAAGCAUUCGUGGAAUAAUGUCAUAUUAAAAAAAGUCUACUUUUGCACAUUUUUUCUCAUAAUGCCCCCGGUGUUUUUAAAGGUUAGCUCUUAUUUAUUUGUCACUGUUUCCGGUUUACUCGCUUCCGUAUGUACGUGAUGAGCGAUGACGUCAUCAUGUUCCCUGGAUUACAUAUAAA